UAAGGCAACACUUCUACAUACUGUUCUCCAGGAUAGUCCAUUUAGCAGCUGAUCUGGAAAAAUACUUUUCUUAUAUACUUGAAGGAAAGGAAGGGGGGAGGGGAGGGCUGACCUUCCAUGCAUAUGAGUCUUGAAGAAGCUCUCAAGGUUAUGCCUGAAAUCUUUUCAAGCUUUCUGACUCUAUCAGUUGGUCUAAGGCAAGUUGUUAGUCUUCUUUACCUCCCUUGUUAGGGUUAGACAACUUUCCUGCAAAGCUCACAAGAACUGAAAAAUACCUCGUUCAUAGGAGGAGAGGGGGAGUUGCAUCUAGCAAAUGCACAGGUGUGAGGAAACACUUCAUUAAAUGACAAUUUCCUGGGUAGCUUUUCACCUUUCCUAUUUGAUCAGCUGUACAGCACACUGUUUUCUGCUAAAUGCCUUGGACUCAGGAAAGUAAGAAUAAGAAGAAUCUAACAGCUAUCCCUAACUAGCAGCAUACCUUGUGUGGCAGAAUAUCAGAACAACAGCUAGCUGGGGUCUGGUUCUGCAGUCAGGCAAUGAAGGUGCUCUCAGUAACUCCCUCAGAGGCAUUCUGCUUGCAAGAUUCUGAACUGCUGUGUUAGCAUUUGUUAGUGAGACAAUGUAUUUGGUUCUUCACAGAUUACUGGGUCCCACUGUAUGCCUGUGCAUCAGAAGCAAUGCACCAGAGUGAAACCUACCCUGCAGACUUCAUGACAAAAAAUCAGAAUGAGCCUGUUUCCUAUCAAAGCUUCACAUUUUUGGUAUAUGGAAAGAAUAAUGGGCUCAAAAUCUUCUUCUACUGAGUCAUCAGUGUAGUAUCUACAUGGCCCUCUCCAUUGAAUUGAAUCUGUCUCUCAUUUGGAGAUUGAAUUUGGGAUCAAAUCAAAUCUUCCAGUCAUCUGGGGAUGAUACAGAGAACUAUGAGAACUAAGAGUGCAAUGUACUUCCACACAUCUAUUGUCUCAGCAUGUUGUAUGCUUAGAACAAAGUCCGUGCUUUGAACUAGUGGAGAUGGAAAGGUGUUAAUCAGCAUUUAGCAAAAGUUAUCCCAAAAUCUGAACUUAACCAUCCUUGCUACUAUGAGGCAAACCAUAAAAUCUAUUUUCAACAAUCUUUUAGUUAUUCCAUCAUCAAAAUUGGAACUGCAGUACCACAGACCUGGAGACCUCAUAAGAUGUCACAUAUACCAGCAAGAGUAACAGUCUUAUUUCAAAGUCUGGGCUCUUCCCCUGGACAGAUUCAAGCUGGCACUCCAAAAGGAAGAAAGCUCUCCAAGCCCCUGGCUGAGACAUAUUGCUGGAAGGGCAUUUCUGAAGUGCCGGGAUGCAGCCGUUCCCUCCCCUGCCGAACACCAACCUGCUUCCACCGCCCCUUGUCCUAGCACCUCAGCGCAGAACACAACCUCUCAACUCGUUGAAACUGAGGUCCAUCUAGUGGGCACCACUGGAUAUUACAUCAGCAAGAAAGCUUAAAAGGUUCAUACCUACAUUCUGAUGAUGCUGGUGGCUUUUCCUUCAUGUUCAAAAUCCGGACUUUGGCUGGCCCCCAGCUGAUAAAUUUGUUCCCAGCUGAUAAACUUAGUCCCCAGAGAAAAAGGAGAAAUUUUGGAGAAGAAUGAUUGAUCAUUGCCUGAGAGAUAAGACCCGUAUAAAUGAAUUAAAGACACAGUUCUGCUACCCCUCUCUGUUUCCUUCAGCAGACAUUACACCAUGAAAACUCCUGGGAGACUUAAACAAAUCCUCUUGCUUGUGUGCACUAGAUCUUGCUGCCUAGGAGAUGUACAACUGGCAUAUCUAAUAGGCAGAGUGUACCCAAACUGUGUUUAAAAAUAGGAACCCUGUGACAUACAGAGGUAGAAACUUUAAUUACCAUAAUUAACAAACAUUUUCAUAUCAAAUUUAUUUAUAAAGAAUAGUUAAGACUAUCCCAAGUCCUCAUCAUCCUUGACUGUGGAAGUAAACAUUGAUCAGAGAAGAGGAAACAUAUUGCAAAACCCUUUUGAAAAUAUUAUGUGAUUUUGAGACCAUCGUAUCAAAAUUAAUCAAAAGUAAAGCUUUUUCCAGCAUCAAGCCAAAAGGAUGUCCUGCCAGAAAUGGCUAUGCUGCUGCAUUUCACAUCCGCUCAUGCCAACAUGGAAAGGUAGCAUUGCUGUAGCCAUGGAGCCUCUUUACCCUUACUGCUGGAGUACAUGGAUAACUGAUGAAUCCAAGUAUCUGGAUCACAGCCAACACACUGAUCAACCCUCCUAACUCAUCUUGUCUACUUCAGUGAUUUAACAGAAAGGCCAUGACCACAGAUCAACUGGAAUGUGGCUGCAGGUCUUGCUUUGAUGGCCACUGAGCGCUGAAUGACCUGCUGUGCCUGCUCUUUUUCUCCUUCAUGUACCCGUAUCAGGCUAAUUAAUUGCCCAUUGGGCUGUGUUGCUGCUAGUGCCUUGCAUAAUGAGUAUGGCAGCUUUCCCCUGACCAUUAAUUUAUUUAAAAACUUAUGUUUGCAGUUUGACAAGACAUUUUCUGUUGGUAAGUUUUGAAUGCUUCUUACAGCAAAGAAGUCCCAUUGAAAUAGAAUCCUUGGAGGAAGAAACUUCAGGUUUACCAGCUCAGCAAUUCUGUCUGAAAAUUGCUCAUGUUCUGAACAAAUUUUAAUUCUAACACCCUUUAAAGACUGCUUUGGACAAAGACAGUCAAUGAAACCCUACUCAAGUUGUUAUCUGGGCAACUCACAAGCAUAAUAAGUAAUGAGACAAAUGAGACUUGUGGCACCUUUGCUCUAGAGCUCAGGGAGCUCUACCCUCAUUCUGGAGGGGCAGAAUCCUCAUGCCAAAGAGGCUUUGUUUCCAACUCAUUUUCAGUAUGGAGCAUUAAGCAAUCUUCCCAAUGUCCUGGAGUCAUCUCCAGGCACUGACAGAAAGCAGGUGCUGCCAGGGAGGAAUGUUGUUGCUCUCUGUGGCCUAGGAGAGGAAAUGUUUCACCGUUGCUGCCUGUGUAUCCCACUGAAGGUUCUUCCUGGGGUUUCUCUGAAAGAAGUGCAAGAACAGAAGAAAUUAGCUGUAUACAACAAGAUGCAGGAGUCUCUGGAAGUGACCCUUCCCAGCAAGCAAGAGGAGGAUGAGAAAGACCAGCCUGCCGAGAUGGAGUACCUUAACUCUCGCUGCGUCCUUUUCACUUACUUCCAGGGAGACAUUGGUUCAGUAGUGGAUGAACACUUCUCAAGAGCUUUGAGCCAAGCCAGUAGCUUCAACCCAGAAACUGCCCUCACCAAGAGCAAGGCAGGGCUAAGUCCGUUGUGGAGAGAAAACUCAACAAUUUCAGGCCAAAGGAGCAGUUUCCCAACCUCAUUUUGGACCAGCUCUUAUCAGCCUCCCCCACCACCAUGCUUAAGUGGAGUACACCCUGAUUUCCCUGUUACUGCACCAGGCACCUUCCCAACACCAGAUCCCAGCAGCUGGCCAGGACACAGCCUUCAUCAGACUGCCCCACCUCCUCCCCCUGCUGCAUCUGAAUCCUGGCAUUAUCCUUUAGCAUCUCAGGUGAGCCCUUCGUAUGCACACAUGCAUGACGUGUACAUGCAUCGCCAUCACCCUCAUCCACACAUGCACCAUCACCAUCCCAGCUCGCACCGCGACCCCCGGUACGGGUCCCUGCUGAUGCCUUCAGUACGUGCAGCCAGGAUUCCUGCUCCCCAGCGUGACGUGACUAAGACAGAUCCUGCUGCUGUCACCAGCGCUACCUCAGCAUGGGCUGGAGCCUUUCAUGGAACGGUGGACAUUGUGCCAAGUUUUGGGUUUGACGCAGGUCUACAGCAUCAGGACAAGAGCAAGGAAACUUCCUGGUUCUGAAGUAUAGAUAUAACUUAAGACCAUCUAGAGCUGGAGUCAGUGCAACUGGGCAGGCAAUAUAACCAUCGUUGACUCCUUCUGCACGGGGCAAAGGACACACAUGAAGAUGAAGAGCCAACCAUUCUGGUUUUACUAUUGAGCCUUUUAUUUUUAAGGCCACUUAUGGAUCCCACAGAGUUGGAAAACAAGCAAACAGACAAACUUGCUUUUCUUUCUUUUCCUCAUCUGAGCCUGCUGCAACUGGGCAACCUAACUCCUUUCUGCUACUUUAACAGUGUUUUGUUUUGUUGAGCUUGAUAUUUUUAUGAACAGUUUCAAUUGUCAGGAAAAAAGACUCUCUCUUGACUACAGUGCGCCUCCUUUCAGGAAUACAUUAUUUUGUAGCUCUUUGUGCAUCUAUUUUUGUAGAAAUACAGAAAGUUUGGGUAAGGAUUGACGGGCUAUUUUAGGAUGACAUAUUUUUUUAAAAAAAAAUGUAAAAUUGUUAAGUUCUGUUUAAAGAACUUGCUUUCAGAGAAGCACUGGCAAAAAAUGUAUAAAAUGCUAUUUUUAGAUGUCUGUGAUGUGUUUGUGCAUUUUGGAUUUUGUUUUGUUUUGUUACCUCAAAUAUCUAUCUUUCCCUUCUUUUUAAAGAGCUAAACCUUCCUUCUUUCCACAUUACUAGAUCUUGAUGUUUUUGUCCUCUAGUUCUAGCUUAAGCAAGUAUAAUUCACACCUAAAGUUUCAGCCAAAUAUUUUUCCUGCUGGUGUUAGAUGCUAGUAAGGGUGUGUUUUUUCUUGUUUCUAAAGACAGCUUUGUGCUGUACUGAUUGUCAGAAAUUUGAAAACACCUUUAGCAUGGAGCAAAGCCUAGGGUAACAGAAGCUGUAUUUCCAACCCAUCCAUUCUUUCAAAGUGGACCAAAUACGUCUAUGGAUUUUUUUAUCAGACCAGAGUUUGGACCACCUCCACAGAAGCUGAUGAAUGCAGUCGCCUAUGAGUUGUGUUUCAGAUGCUCAUAGUGAUUGUAACUACUAACAUACUCGUAUUUUAAGUCAAGAGGCAGGACUUUCCACUAAGCUACUUCAAGGGUUUUAACCUGUAACAUGAAUGUUUAGGAUAGAAAUGUAAAUUUUAUAAAAAUGUGUGACUUGUGGAAACAAAAUGUUUUCAAAUGGCCUGAUCUGUCAGCUGAGCACCUCAUGGGAAGUGCUGAAACUUUCAAUGCCUGUUGAUGUCAAAAUCUGGUUGCCUAACCUAAGAUUUGUUGGGGGCCUUAUGGGACCCCAGCUACAGCUCUUGAAUGUCAUAGGAAGUUGUAUGUGCUCAGCAUGCACAAAGGCUGGGCUUUGCUGCUGUCAGGGUAAGAAUGAACUGGGAAAUUAUAUGGCCAUUCCUAGCCACAGCACACUACAAGGUGUUUGGGAAACCCCAUUUUUGGCCUGGGCCUUGAGUCUGACUUGAUUAAUCAUGACUUUAGUUGAAGUCAAGGGGGAGUGGGAUACAAUCCUGAAUAAGGGCUGCAAGAUUGCCCUCAACAGCCCAUGUCCUGCAACGGGCUGCUGCUAGAUCAGCCUCCAGGCCCAGCAAAAUGGUGGUAACUCCAGCAAAAUGACAGCAUGUGCUUUGAUGGGUGCGAGUAUAAGAUCAGGGCCUGGGUUGCCAAGUCCUGGCUAUUGCUUGGAAAUGUUACCUUUCUACUCCAUUUACCUUCAGUGAAUGAAUAUUUUUUGGGAUCCCCCUGUAAUAUUUCCCAAGGCUCUCAUAACAUAUUAUAUUUCUGUUAUCAUUGUUUUCAGACAUAACUGUCUAAAAGGCAAACCAAUUACAUGGAAAUCAAGACCAUAGACAUCGAGACAGAUUAAAAAAAAACAACAACAACAAAAAACUUUUAAGGCAGUGAACAUUGUGAAUGUAGGCUUGUCAGGUGGACACCACAUGGGAAGGGGGGAGGAGGAAUGUUGGGAUGUGUCUGCCAGUCUGAAAUUCAGGCCUUCCUCUCUGCACUGCUUCUUCUUUCCAAGCUUUUGAACUUGAUCCUAAGAGGUGUUGAGUUCUCCCUUGACAUGAGAGGGCUUGAUAUGCUGGCACUGUGGGCAGUAGGAUUAUAUCACAGUUUGGUAAGACUCUUAAUCGUGUAUCUUGCUGAUAUGACAUUUGAGACAGUGUAAAACUAUUGACGGGACUAUUCUUGAAUAUUACCUAGAAAUAAUAGGGUUGUUGUUAGUGUGUUGGAAUGCUGAAUUAAAUAUUAUUCUCCCUCAUCCCCACUUCUUGUCCUUAUAGUCUAUCAGCAUUUCUUCCUUAAGGAGUUUCACUCUUAUGACAGUUCUACAUAUUUUUGCUGCUCUGGUGGAGCUAGCUUCUUGGUUGGUCAAUGAAUUAAUAAUAGAAUGGGAAAAGUGCAUGGGAAGGAAGGUAGCAAAAGCCUCCGUGGCUUGCUUAUUUAUCAGGACAGUAUAAUUCAGGAAAUAUCUCAGGAAUAUGAGUUCCUAAGAUAGAUUAAAAAAUGGGAAUUAUUACAGUAUUAGAAAUACUGGAAAAUAAAAGAAAAUAAAAAGAUUUUAUUAUUAUAAUUAUAUUAUUUUUCCCUGAACUUGGCAAAGCUGGAAGGCAAAGAGGCAAUGUAUUGCAAGAGAAACAAUGAGAAAAGUUGUAAUUUAACUCUUUGAACAUCAGGGUUGGAGAUUUUGGGGCAGGGAGAGCAAAACAAAAGGCAGUGUUUCUUUUUAAUAUGUAGUAUGUUUGACUUCCUGAAAUAUUUAAUGUCUAGCAAGAGCAGUCUGUUCAUUGCCUUUGUUUUUGCAAGCUCAGAUGAUGAAAGAUCUCCUCCUGUUCCCUCUAGUUGUCAAAGUAGAAUGGGACAGGAAUAAUCAAACCUGAGGUUUGCACUGGAAUUCCUUUCUGGACUGUUUUAUUGAGUUGAUGGCUAAAGGGAGUGGAUAUGUGAUGAUUCUCUUGCUUCUUUCUUCAAGGACUACUGUCAUGCACUGUUUUGUUCAUCAGCUUCCACUGCUGAACUUGUGACUGUACUUGUAUAAAUGUGCAAGGUUUUGGGAGACAAGUGCAAAUAAAAAACUACUAUUUUCUACAGCUGUGCACACCCCAGUCAAUUGACUUUGAAAGACAAAUUUCCUCAGUAACUAACUGUCCCCUGUACUAACAAAUGAGAUGAAAGUAAAAGCACAAGUACAUAGCAGUAGCCUUUCUUAUAUAACCUGUGUUAUGAACGACAGGAAAGAAAAAAAGUCUUAUGACAAAUUUUUAAGUUAAAUUCAGCAGAUUUGCUUCUCUGUCAUGAGCACACAUAUACAUGCACACUUAUACACACGCACAAAUGUUCUUAUGAGAAGCAGAUGCUAUGUUGGUCUUGCUCUUGAAGGAGGAGGGGAGUGCUUGCUCAUGAUGUUGCAGUUACAGCUUAUUGAUGGCAGUGAAAAAUUUAAAAAAGAAUGAUAAGGCUGCUCAUGCUACCAAAGGGCCCUAAAAAUCAGGUUACAGGCAAGUUAUGUCUUAAUGUGUUACAAAAUGACUUAUUUCAUUCGUUUUGUGUGUGGUGAAUUCCAAUGAUGUAAUAAGAAAGUGAAUGAUUCAUUUUUUGAGGUCUUAUAAAAACAUUAUGUACUCUGACACUAUUUCUGGGAUAACAUAGGGAAGCUAUUGUUUUAUUUCAAGAAAAUCUAAAUGCCAAACUUUUAAAAUUGUCCAGGAUUUUAUUUCAUUCCUAUUAAUGUUGAGAGAUCUGCUGUCAUUUUUUUUUAUUUUUUUAUUUUUUUUUCUUGUUUGCCUGAAGACUGGGAGUGUUCUACCUGCCCACCAGUUUUUGAAAAGCAGAUAUCCAUUUUGUUUCAGCUGUGUAUUCCCAUCCUAACAAGAUGAUGCAAUACUACAGCUACUGAACACCCAGCAGAUCUUAUUUCUGGUGAGCUGAAUAAGCUACACUCGACAACAGUAAAAUGCACUUUGUUCUGAUUCCUCUUCACACAUGUCACACAAAUUCAGUUAUUGGCUUUUCUGAUGCCUCUUUCACAGGGUGAAAGUCUUCAGUGAAUGUUAGGGUUUUCUCAACCUUCUUCUUCUCCUGCCUUGAAACAUGCUUUUGGGGAUGAAUCUCUUUGCAGCUUUCAGAGAGAGAGGCUAAUUGCACACCUCUUGAGAACAGUGGUUGUGGGACGGAAGGAAGUGUUGUGUCUCCCCACCUGUACUUAUGAACAACUGCCUUGCACAUACCCAACCUUUCUGCUUCCAGCCUAUUGUGUUUGUCUUGCUCUUCUCUCCUGUUUCCUUAUGUGUGUGUAUACAUUUACACACACAGAUAUACCUAGUUCCCUCUAUUCCACUCUCAUGCUUCAAAUGCAUGUCAUUUGGAAUUGAAGUGAAUGACAUCACUAAAUCUCAUCUGACUGAACCAAACAACAACAAAAAGAUAUUUUAUUGCAUUCUCCAUAACCUCAGGAGUGAAUGGAUUUUUUCCAUUCUGAGAAGAAAAAAAAAAAAAAAAAAAAAAGUGAAAAAAACAACCCCAUACCUCCAAGCCCAACCUUUCAAAAGCCCUGAUUUGUUUUAUGUGUAAAGAUGACCAUGUAGUCAGCAGAGUUAUGCAAAGAGGUGCAAUAUGUUGCCUUUCAGCAGACAAACAUAUCGUGUUGAACGCAGUUCUUUUAAAUAAUUUCAGGUACAAUGUUUUUCUCCAUAGCAAUGGACCAGCAACAUAUGUUUCUUUUAAACAGUUUAGAAAUAUAUAUAUAUUAAAUUGACUUCUUGGCUUUAAUAUGUCUGCCUUUGAGCUUUUAAAGGGUAUUUGAAUGAUAAAUAUUAAUUGUGCGUGUGGAUUUUUUUAAAAGUUGAUGUAUAUAGUUUGGAACUGAAUUCUCAUGUAAAGCAGGAUGGUAUUUAAAAAUAAAUACUGCUUUUACGUAUUAGCCCUAUGGGCAAAAUCUGACAGUUAUGAUGCAAGAAGUUGUCCCUUUAAAGCCUAAGGGACUUGCACCAGCGCGAGGUCAAAAUCCCAGUCCCUGAGCCAGGAAAGGCAGGAGGGGUCUUCUUGCAAAGUCUGAGCUGGUUGGUAAUGCUGUUAACAAAGAUGAUGAUCUUCUCCAGCAUUGUAUGCUGAUGGUUGGGCAGCCACUACACAACACAUUAAAAUUAGACUGUACUAGCAGGUUUACACUUGUCCCCUCUUACAGGGUGAACUGCUUGCCAAGGGGAAUUAAAGAUAUCCCUGGAAACCUGUAUUUUAGCUGCUCUUGGUCUGCAGACUGCAUGUAACCCUCUGGCUGUUCUCGCUCUGCAGUGUCCAUAAAACCACCACACCAUGAUGGGACCAUCUCCAUCCUCCAGUACCUGGAGUUCCCUGUGAACUUGCAGGGUGUUUUUAGUGCCUAGUAGAGGUAGUUUAGAGAUGGGAAUGAUUAAAAUAUCACGGUUCUUAACCCAAUCAAAGGCACAAGCCUUCAAUAUGGAUCAGCUGUGCAUCAUUGAUGAUGGUCGUUACAGGAGUCCUAUUCUUGCUUCCUUCCCUCAGUGUCUGUGGAAGUCUAUGAUGGCAUUGAGAUCAUUGGGACCAGCCAUGAAAGCCUGAACUGCAGUCUAGUGUUAGCUGACACAAAGUGGAGGCCCAGGGUCUGGUCCAACAUUAGUGGACAUAAAUUGGAAUCCUCCUUGAUUCCAGUGGGCUUGGGCUCAGGUAACUAGUACCUAUAUAAAAACAAUAUUUAUAGCAGUUGAGGUUUACAGUAAUCUAGUAAAGUAUCUGCAGAACUAUGCUGCACGUUCUCUGCUAGCUGUUUGUAUCUAUCUUUUAAAAUCAUCUGUCAAAUCAGGGUUCUUCUCCUUCCCCACUUCAUUUCCAAUUCUGCUUCCUUCAAAACUCCACUGAACUUUUCAUCCCUCUCAUCAAAUCUGGUGGAGGACUUUGUAAAAAGUGUCACUGUUUUAAUUACUGAAUAAAUAAAUUAAUGUGAAUUUUAUUGUUAUAUUUUUAAUGUAGCAUUUUCGGUUUGGUCUGUAUUUCUCAACAAUUAGCUAAUGCUUUAUUUUUAUUCUUAUGCAACUGAAGAACUCAUAAAUCUCUUUGUAAAUUACA